AUGGACGAUCCCUCAAUUCAAGAGACACCCUUCGUAAAACAACUAGCCGCAAAUGACCGACCAACCCGCGACGCAGCCCUCGACUCCCUCCGCACCUACCUCUCGGGCCGCCGCACCCUCACACCCCUCGACCUCUUAAAACUGCACAAAGGUCUCUUCUACUCCCUCUGGCUCUGCGACCGACCCAUCCCGCAACAAAACCUCGCGACAGCCCUCGCAAACCUCCUCCCCAUCCUCCCAACCGAGACGUUCAUCCCGUUCUUACGCGCGUUCUGGGCGACGAUGAGCCGGGAAUGGAAUAACAUCGACGUGUUACGGAUGGAGAAAUUCCUGUUGGUGGUGCGACGGUACGUGGGGUCUACGUUUAACGUGUUGAAGGACGGAGGGUGGGAGGCGGGACGGGUGGAGGAGGUGUUGGGGAUGAUGGGGGAGACGGCGUUGAGUGUGGAGGAUAUGAAGGUUCCUAUGGGUUUAAGGUUUCAUGUGAUUGAUAUUUGGGUGGAUGAGUUGGAGAAGGUGGGGGCGUUGGAGGAUACUGAGGAGGAUAGGAAGGUGCAGGAUAUGAUUAUGGCGCCGAUUUUGGCGUUGAGGGAGAGGAGUCCGACGAAGACGGUUAGGAUGAAGGCUAGGGAGGCGUUGAAUGAUGAGAGGAUACCUGGGAAUGAACGGCCGGUGGUGGAGGAGGAAGCUGCGGAUGGAGAAUGGGCUGGUUUCAAGGACUAG